AUGAAACAUCCUACUGAAUCUCAAAAGGCUAUCAUAGACUUUCCUUAUAUUCCUGGAAGUACGGUAAAGGUGGUAGCAGGUCCUGGUUCUGGGAAAACGUACACGCUCUUAUGCAAAAUACGAGAGCUAAUUGUAACGGAAAAAUUGAAACCUAGUGAAAUAAUAGUCCUUUCUUUAACUAAUAAAGCAGUCGAUAAUAUAAUAGAGAACCUUUUGAAGGUUUUUCAUAAAUACAAUGAUGGAAAGUACACAGAGGAUGAAGUUGAUGAGAUUAUUUCACAGAUCGGAAUAUAUACAAUACAUGGAUUGUCCAAUAGAAUUGUGACAGAGAAUAUCGGAAUUGUAAAUAUCAUUGAAGAAAAUGGAUGGCGUGGACUAGUAAAACUCGUCCCGAAAGAAUUUUGGACCAAGAACAAUAUUAAGUCUGCAAGUGAUCGUUUAAUCAUCAAAAAGCUUGAGAAUAUACUCACCAAGUAUCACAUAAAUAAGAAGGAUGAAGAUGGUACCAUUGAGAAACUUGCUGCCUUGAUGAAGCAAUCGAAUGUUUUAACUAAUGACGAUCUAAUAAAAAUCGCUUCCGAACUUUUAGAGAAUCCUGUAAACUCUGACAGUCAUUCUUUCACCAAUUUUGUAUUAAAUGACGCUAAAAUCAUCAUUAUAGAUGAGUUCCAAGAUUUACAUCCUGGUAUCUUCACGCUACUUGAAAAGGUGAUUGGUAAGAAACAACUUCUACUUUUUGGAGAUACCAAUCAAAGUAUAUAUGAAUUUUUGGGUAGUAACAAAGAAGUCAUGUCCCGUUUAGAAAAUAUGAGGCCGCCUCAUAUGAGGUAUACAAAAUUCAUAUAUGAUAAUUUUCGUUGUACCCCUGAAAUUACUACAGCUGCUAAUGAAGUUGUAAAACAAUCACUUCCAUUAGAUGCUAUUGAUUCUGCUGUUACUAAAGAUCCAUCAGGACUUAAACCUACACAGCUGGAACUGGAAGGGUUGUUAGACGAAAUGGACUUUUUAGUAAGCGAAAUUUGUCAACUAGUAUGCUCCUCUGCUAAACUAUCCGACAUUGGCAUUUUGACUAGAACAAAUGCACAUUCCCAAGCUGUAGUGGAACAUCUUUCAUCAUUUGGUAUACCUGUUCAGAAGCUAAACUCGCAGCCGGACUGGAUGUCCGAUCAAAGAAUUAGGUUUCUGAUAGAUAUCCUUCAACUUGUAACAUCUAUCACAGAAGAACUAGAUCAACCAAACGCCCUCCCAACGUCGAGUACAACAAAAAGCGAUUUCAGUGUUAUUGUAACUUUGGCGGCAAUAAAAGGAUUUGGUAGUAAAAUGCUUCGAGAUAUCCAUAGAGCUGCAAUAGCAUCAAAUUUAUCAAUAUGGCAGUAUCUUAACACUGUUCCAUCAAGCGAUUGGAAACUUCCGCCAAGUGCUACAAAAAAGGUACAAGAAUAUAUCGAAGUAAUAUCACCCCUAAUUGAUAACCCAUCAAUAUUGAGUGAAAAAGAGCCACAUGUCAUAGUCAAAAGAUGUUCUGAAGUGAUUUCUCAUUUAGAUAUUUCUGUCUUCUCAGAUAAAACAAUACCUGGAUAUAAGGCAUUCGAAGACAAUCUAAAAGAAUUUUAUUCAGUUAUGAAAAUAUCAAUCCUAUCAAAACCUAUAGACCAGUCGUUAACAUCUUGGUUUUUGCAAUCUUUCCAUGAUCAAAGCAUAAUAUACCAUACUCACCAAAAAAGUCAAGAACAACAGUUCAACUCUCUAGGAAGUGUUAAUGUUUCUACAAUCCACUCCUCGAAAGGCCUUGAAUUUCCCAUUGUGUUUGUCAUGGGUCGCCAUGACUAUGGAAAGUAUGACAUAGAAAAAAAAUUACUUUAUGUUGCUAUGACUAGAGCACGAAAUCAUCUUUACCUUGUUAAUGUUAAUAAUAAUGCUAUCAAAUCUUCUGAAAAUUAUAAUCGCUCUUUAAUGAAUAAUCAAAACUUCUGGGAUUACUAUAACAGAGAUAUGAAAAGGACAGUUGUUCUAUCCCCCGUUGAAAAUAUGAUGAAAUAUAAUCAUUUACAGUCCAAGUACGGACUAAUGGCAAGGAAUAUGCAUACAAUGGUUAAAGCUAUAAAAAGAAUAUGUAAAUAA